GUUUAUUGUUUAAUGAAAGCGGUGAAAACCGUAAGAUUUUAUCAUAAAAUGCAAAUGUCAGAGUCACCCCAUAAGCUGUCAAUCGUCGUGUCCGUCAUCAUGAGAACUAGGUCGUAACUCGAAAGAACAUUCAUUUAACUAGUUUUGAGAAUAUUUGGAACAAAAUAAAAUAUACAAGACCCUUAGGAAAUGGUAUGAUAAAUUAUUUAUAAGUACAAACUAUGUUUCUCGAAGUACAUUAGCUUGUGACAACCUCGAUAUACAGUCAAAGAUUUAUGGCGUGAGUCAAGAUGGCAGAUAAACACAGCUUAAACUAUGAUGUAAGGGAGCUCAAACUGGGAGCUUCUUUUACAACUAACAGCUCUCAGUACCACACUAUUAAAUAUGACUUUAAGCCAGCAUCAGUGGAUGUGAACAAGAUGGCCACUUUGGACGUGGAGCUCAAUAACCAAGUUACGGUUACAGUACCACAUUUAGAUGGCGCUGGAAUCCCGCAAACGGUGUUCAAAGGGAAUCAACGUCCAUACACCAAGGAGUGUGUGUUGAUCAUUGAUAAAGUGACCGGAGAGAUAACAUUAGAGAAAUUGUCAAGCAAUAUUACCGUUAAGAAAACUCGUCAGGAGUCGUCAGCGAAGGCGCGGCCGCACACGCCGGUGACAACGGAGCUCACCAACACCACGCAGCGCUCCACCUCGCGCACGCGCGUCGCCACCAACAGGCGGACCAAUAAUGCCGGGCCAGUCAACAACCACAACCGGUUCAACAACAGUCAGAAGCCGUCGCAGAACAUGGUGCGGUCUCCCACCAGGGUGAAGACCUCGCCGCCGCAGGCGCCUUGGUCAGCCGGCGGCAACAGUACAUUAGCGUCGCUACCUAUGAUCGGUUUCGACGACGGUCCUUCACGCUCGCCGCCCGCGCCGCCGCCGCAUCCCCCCGCACACGCAAAUCACUCAAACGUCCACUUAAACCACUCAAACCUCUCAAACGCCCACUCAAAUCACUCAAACGCCCACUCAAACGCGCACGCGCACGCUCCGGCGCACGCGCACGCAAACGCGCACGCACCUGUGCGGUACCCUCCCAGCGCGCCCGCACCGCCCGCGCCUGCACCUGUGCCUCCUCAGCAGGACGACAGCUCGUCCAGCUCGUCGAGCGACAGCGACAGCGACAGCGGCAGCGGCAGCGACAGCGACGACAACGACUCCAGCGCGCAACACUCACUUACCAACGGGAUCACGACCAACACUCUGCCUACGGACGUACUCAACGAUGACCUGUGUCUCUCGGAGUCCGGCUCCGACUCUGACUGACCGCCGGCUCCGCUCUCCGUCUUCCGGAACCUCAAGUUGUACUACUGACUGGGAUAUACUGUGGUACAUGAAUACGAGUAGAGGGCUCGCUUCGGAAAUUCUUCAUGUCAGGGGCCGUACCACGAAACCGUUUCCUGCUCUACCAACGUAAUUUCU